AUGGCAGACCUCCCCGACCACAGCGCUCAUUCGCCGUCCCCGCAGCCCGAUCUCAAUCGGAACCGGCUCCCGUCCCUCUUUGAGGUGCUCAGCCGCCGGACGCUUCCUCCAGUCGAUCUAUACUCAUUCUACAUCUACAUGCGAGACCAGCAGCGAUCUGUAGACUACCUCGACUUCUGGCUCGAUGUUGCCCAGCACAUGACACUAUGCCGUCACUAUGUGCGGGAGCUGCGUCGGUCUGUUCUGAUCAGCACGCCAGACGCAUCCAAGCGGUCCUCGGCCAUUCUUGACAGUCUCGGCGACAUGAGCCAUCCGGUGGCCGGCCCGUCCAAGUACCAGACCGACAAGGAAAAGGACCAGGAUGCCCAGAUGUCUGCAUUUCUGCGCGAGGAUAUGCAGCGCCCCAUGGAAUCGCCUCGCAGCGCCGGCACGGCUGCCAUCCUCCAGAGUCCUGCCGUCAGUACGUCCCGCGACAUCACCGACUCCAGCUCUCCCGCCCACACGGUGGCGCGUCAGGAUAUUCGCAAGUCUGCCGAGAAGAUCCUGUACACGUUUCUGCUUCCCGGCGCGGAGCGUGAGAUUGUGCUGCCAGGACCCAUUGUCCAGGAAAUCACGGCAGCCAUAGAGGAGUAUGGACGCGACGAUCCUGAGGUGUUCGACAUGGCCAAGGACUACGUCUUCCAGGCCAUGGAGCGUGAUGCCUUCCCCGGAUUCCUGCGCAUGAAGGCCCUUGGCAAUCUUAUUCCCCCCACGCUCAUUCUGCGUCUUAUUAUCGGCAUGGUGUCCAUGUUCGGCGCCUUCUGGGCUGCCUUUGUGCUCAUUUUCCUCGACAAAUCGCGGCUCACGCGGCUCUAUCUCAUCAUACCUUUCACGUUCGGAGUGUACUUCCUGGCUUCGUUCCAGUACUCUCUCGAUCCAGUACUUGCUCUGCUAGGCUUCAGCGAAUACACCCCCUUCAGUUUCUCUCGCGUGCGAGAGCCCUUCGUGCGCAAAAUGCUGGCCAAGCGGGCUUUAGUUGUUCUUGCCGUGACAGUUUUUGUCGAUGCUGCACUUCUGGUGCUGUUCAUAUUCGUUCCGGGGAAGAUGCUAUAG